AACGUUUUAGGGUAUUCCCCGUUUUGCACAAUGCGACAUCAUGGAGAUUUAAUUCGUGUUUGGUAGAAUUUAGUUUUUAAACAGUUAACAACCAUGGCCACUCCCGCUGCUGCUCCCGUUAGUAUGAAUAACGGUGAUGCUGAAAAUUUAACCAGUGAACAGAAAAAGCAGCUUAAAAAAGAACGACGUAAAGAGAAAAAUGCGCAGAAAGAAAAGCAUAACAUACCUUCGAAACCUGAAGGAGAGGAACCCAAAAUAGAGAAGUCCAAAGCUGAGUUACGAGCAGAGAGGCGUGCUAAACAAGAAGCAGAUAGAGCGGCAAAGGCAUCAAAGAAGUCGGACCAAGUUGCUGCAAAUACGAAGCAAAAAGGACCAAGGGUACCAGCCAAUAUCCAGGCUGAUGAUCCAAAAGUUCAAAAAAAAGCUGCAAAAAAGUUAGAGAAGCAGCAAGUACCCCAGAGAACUGAAGGCCAAAAGAAAGUUGCUUUAUUCUCCCAUUUACAUCAGUAUGAAAGAAGUCUUUCUAUCACCAAAAAUAUUGGGUUUGGAAAAAAUGCGAUUCAUCCAGCAAUUAUUCGGCUUGGUCUUCAGUAUGCUGAAGGAACUGUUACUGGUUCCAACGCAAGAUGUGCAGCACUCAUGUCUGCUAUUUGUAAACUAAUAUCAGAUUAUGAGACUCCACCACAGAAAGAACUUUCCAGACACUUGGAGUCAAAGUUAAAGCCAGCUAUAAGUUUCCUUGACCAGUGUCGACCACUGUCAGUUUCAAUGGGAAGUGCAAUCAAAUAUAUCAAGUUACAAAUAACCAAUAUUCCUACAGGGAUGUCUGAUUCAGAGGCCAAGUUAAGGCUAAUUAAGAGCUUAAGGGAAUUCGUGCACGUUAAUAUCGUUCUUGCUGGCGAAGCUAUUUCAGGAUAUGCUUGCACUAAAAUCACAGAUGGAGAUGUGGUCAUGGUGUUUGGAAGUUCAUCUCUGAUUACCAAAGUCUUAUGUGACGCACACAAUGCUGGUAUUAAGUUCAGUGUGAUAGUGGUUGAUGGUAGGCCCAAGUUAUCUGGUAGAGGCACCCUGCGUAAAUUAUGUCGCGUUGGAAUAAAAUGUUCUUACGUCUUGGUAUCAGCAGCUUCUUAUAUUAUGCCCGAGGUAACGAAAGUAUUUCUUGGGGCUCAUGGUCUUCUAUCCAAUGGUUAUGUCAUGGGAUCUGUAGGGACAUCUAUGGUGGCAAUGGCAGCAAAAAUACGAGGUGUUCCAGUUAUAGUGUGUUGUGAGGCUUACAAGUUUUGUGAGCGUGUACAAACUGAUUCCUUUGUAAAUAAUGAAAUAGGAGACCCACGUGAUUUGCUUGUACAAAACAAAAGCGAGCUGACGUCACCACUUCUUACGAAUGCAGCAUGGGAAGAGACAGAUUCAUUGAAAGUACUUCACCUGACUUAUGACGUCACGCCACCGGAUUUUGUUGCCAUGGUGGUCACGGAGUUGGGGAAAAUACCUUGCACGUCAGUUCCAGUUGUACUCCGUGUUCGUAGCUUGGAAACGUAACGUUUAAAUCUGGUCCCUGCUUCUAACUGUGUUAUCAAAGAAAAACGCGUCUUCUUACAGCGACAGUGUAACAUGUAACGUUCGAAUGUGGUCUCUGCUUCUAACUGUGUUAUCAAAAAAAAAAACGCGUCCCCUUACGCUUACAGCGACAGUGUAAACCGUGAAGUACAGCUGUCGUUUUGCUGCACUGUGUAUGCUCAGAGCGCUCUAGUUUAUUAUGGAAGUAUUUUCUUUGUGUGGAUUGGAAUUCUUUCUUCUUGUAAAGAGUCGAAUGGUGCAAGGUUGCAGACGUUCCCAGCACUUGAUAUAAGUGGAAUAUUUUGAUCAUUUUUUGCGGCAGUUCAUAUUGGUUUUAACGGAAAAGCAUUUUUAAUAUGAGGUUUAGUACGGUGGGUUGAAAAAAUACACCUUUGAACGUG